AGGGGGACCUUGCCGUGCUAGAACAUGCAAGACUUGGCUCAGAAUUUAGUGGUUUAGCCCUUCUUUUCGAGGCUGUGGCAUUGCAUGUUCAUGGGCGUCUCUUGGAGGGAUGCUCUUCAAGAAGGAAAACUCAAGGAGGGCCUCCAAGUCGCCUUGUCUGUGGUGGUGAUUUUUGGAAACUCAGCAUCUCAGGUGCUGAGUUUUUGGGUCUGUCUUUGUAGUUCUGACACGGUAGCUUAAUCUGCCUUGUGUCUUACGAUGGAUGACUCCUGCAGUGCUGGCUGCGGCUGUCAGAGCAGUGCCCUUUCAAGCUGUCCAGGUUUGCUGCAGCAAAUCAAUGUUCUGAAACAGAGGCAGGACUCCCAAGGAGCUGAAAGAGAGGAAAUUCUCUUGCCCUUUCCCCUUGCCUUGUUAAUGCUUCUCAUGACUUCUUUGGUGGCAUGUUCACGAUGUCUCUUGUGCAAAUAGAUAUGAAAGUUCUCCCUCGGGCACUUCUCAGUCGUCUCCUGAAUUCCUUUCUCCAUCACUAACGACGUUUUCCAUCAAGAUUACAGCGGGAAAAAAAUGUUCUCUAUGGGCUAGGUGCUCCCUGUGCGUGAAAAGUGUGUGCAGGAGCCAAGAAACACCAGGAGUUUCUUCCUGAUUGUUCCCAAGAAGAAUGGAGAGUGACGCAGGGCAAGGGCACGACCUUACACCAAGACACACACACACUCCAAGGCCUGCACAGAAGUGUCCGUGACCUCAGCACGACAGUGAGGAAAUUGGGGUGGUCUGACCCACCUGGGUGUCCCCUUGCAUUCCACCCUGACCUUUUCCUUCUGGCCCACAGAGAUGCUUUGAGCCUCAUCCUUCCUGGGCUACCCAAAAGGGGUGUCUCCCUGCCAGGCACAGGUGCCCUCAUGUAAUUCCAGCUGCAGCCUGAAAGAACUUCAAAAGAUGAUUCCAAGUAAGGGUUAGUUUGACUGCUUUUUAAACCAUUAAGGAUUUGUGAAAUGUGCUGUGGAAUGCCUCCACUGAAGGCUUUUGAAGACAAUUAAUCAUAAAGUAGGGCUAUGUGUUUUUCCAAGUCAGCUCUGGCCUAACUCCAAGACCUGCUGCAGGCUGUGAUAGAACAUUUGCUGUCCUCAGUGCAUGCAGACUUAGGCUACUUGCACUGCCUUCAGUCCAUGGGUAUUUAGGCGUUUAUGGCUUUUGAGUGCUGUGGAAUUCUUAAAAAUUCCUAUUUGUUUGUGGUGGCUUCUUGAGUGAGAAGUACCAUGAUACAUAAGAAGAGCAAAAUGAGAGAUAGAAGCCAAUGUGUACAACACUCAGUGACAGCAAAUCAGAGAUGUAAGUGUGCUUUGAAUGCUACUUGAAGGUUAAAAACCCUAGGUGGAGGACGAAGCUCAAGGGCACUUGGCCCUACGUGUGUGUGUAUAGGCACAAUCUGGGUAAAGCCUGUUGAAGUCCUGGGCUGCCACAGAGUUCCUGUGGACUGUGCAUUGUCCAUAAUUUCAGUGAAUUGAAAUAUAAAUUGAAUACAAAUAGUUCUGUGUGUGCACAUUGAAAGGAAACACAACACAGAUGGGAGACAAAUUCCCUUUGUCUUCCAAACAUUGGAAUACAUUUAAGACUGUGCUCUGCUUCAUUAUUUGCACAUCCUUCCUUCAGCAUUUAAACUGUGUGCUGAAUUCCUGUUAUGUCAAAUGGUAUUUUCUGUGAUCAGUGUCCAGGUGACAUGCAAAAACAUGGUCAAAUAUUGACAGAGGAGCCCUGUAUGUGUCUGAUAAAAAAUCUCAGACUUUAAUGUGCAUUCCAUACCUUGUGCUGAUGAAGAGCUGAGGCUCUGCCCUAGAUAUCAGGUGCAUUGGUAAUGUUGAACAGCAAGUUUGUUUCUCAUAAAAAUAAUAUUUGUUGACCCAGAGCUUGGGUUCGUGCAGAUCAGUACAUGUGCAGAAAGCCCUGCAGAAAACGUUCCAUUAUCCUUCAGAGAACUCAGGGAAGUGCCCCUGCCGUGUCCCUCCUGCAGCCUGGAGAGGGUUUGGAAUGGGGGGCUCUGCCCUGGCGCAGGAGCAGGUCUGUAUGCAAAAGGUGCAGAUCAGGGCCUGCACGAUCUUAAUCUGCACCAGAGCUUCAGUCCAGUCCUUUCCACAUGCUAAUUCCCCCAGGGUCUAUGGUCCUGUGCAGAAUGUGAAAAUGAUAAUUGAUAGAAAUUAUGAUUAACAUAAAUCAGACAUAAUUGCAGUUCCGUAUGAUUUAAUGAGAGUCACUGCCAAAGAAGCCCAAGCAGAGGUUUCCACAUAUCACAAAGAGUGGGAUGGUACUAAAGCAGCUUGAUCUGCUUCAAGUGGCCUGUUAGUUCAGAGGCUUAAGCUUGACCAUGGCUUCUGUCUCUUUUGUAAAGUAAUAAGCUACCUGGGUGCCAGGCAGGAUUUAAAGGUUUAUUUAGCCCGUGCUAAGGGUGAGCAAGGAGCCAAGGGAAUAGCACGGAUUGUUGGGCUGAGCCCACCAUGCACAGAGUCUGACGUGUCCCAGGGGAAGCAGACCCCAGAGUGACCAUGGCAUGGGAAUAUGCCCUGAUGGUUUUCCACUCUUAAAUCUCUCUCUGUGGUCACAUUUCAAUUUCCCUUCUCCCGCAGUGUGGAUCAGGACUGCAGCAUCAGGAGCAGGAGCCUGGGAGGCAGCAGUGCUGCUCUGGCUCAGCAUCCACAGAGGAAGUGAUCCAUGAGAAGGGCAGGAGUGGAGCACAGGGACGAAGGUAGCAGUCCCUGCCUCUGCAUGUGUUUGGGUGCCCCAGCUCCCCGUGUGCCUGGCUGGCGUGCAGGUGACAGUCACUGCUGUGUUGCAGCCAAAACGUGGAGUCUGUGGACAGCUGAAGUCCCAGUGGUGGAGCAGGGCCUGGAGCACAGGCACCAGCUGUCCCAAUGGGAGUUACAGGAGAGGCAUGGCAGGUCGAGAUGGAGAGCCCAGAGCCCAGAGGGACUGCUGUGCAGAAAACCUGAGAGCAGCUGGUUACCUAUUGCAAGCAGCCCUGGGCACAACAGUGAUCCCAUUGUGUGGGCCUGGUGAAAUGGAGAACUGCACGACAGCGCUCAUCCAGACAGAGAACAGCCCACGUGUGGCACAAGUUGGGAUAACGAGAUGCAAGCCUGAAAUGAAGGACUACUGCUUCCAUGGGCAGUGUGUGUACAUCGUGGACUUGGAUGAGCACUACUGCAGGUGUGACGUGGGCUUCUCCGGAGUGCGGUGCGUGCACUCGGAGCUCGUCCGGCAGCCCCUCAGCAAGGAGUACGUGGCACUGACCGUCAUCGUGGUCCUGCUCUUCCUCGCUGCCCUCUCUCUCGCCGGCUACUACAUCUGCAGGAGGUACCGAAACAAGAGGAGACAAACAAAUGCCAGUGAAUACAAGGAAGUUGGUGCCCUAUAGGAGAAACUGUGGCUUCUGGCAGCAUUCUGUUUGUUUUGAUGCACUUCAUGGCUACCCAUCUAUUUAAAUAUUAUUUUUAUUAAUACUGUGUACAAUAUUUAUAACCUUGUAAAAAUUUCAAUUGUUUGAUGAUUCAAUAAGCAUAGGUCAAGCAGUUUAUUUUCAGUGUUUUAUUUUUUUAUUAAAUAUUUCCCAAAAGGGAAUGCCACCUAAGUGGUUCUUUGGGAGAGAGAUAUAUUUUUAUAAAAACUCGUCUUCUUGCUCUGGAGAGAAGAAUUUUGUAUUUAUUCUUGUGAAUAUACUCAAAACACUUGUAUUCCUUGAAAUAAAAAUUCUAGACAAGGUCAAAAUGCA